UCCCGCCCCUGGACGUCCCGUGAGCCCUGCGGCGUUCCGUAGCGGCAGCCACGAUGGCGGCGCAGAAGAUAAACGAGGCCCUGGAGCACAUCGCGAAAGCGGAGAAAUACUUGAAAACUGGAUUCUUAAAAUGGAAACCAGAUUAUGAUAGUGCAGCUACUGAAUAUGGAAAGGCAGCUGUUGCCUUUAAGAAUGCCAAGCAGUUUGACCAGGCAAGGGAAGCCUGUUUACGAGAAGCUGAAGCACAUGAAAACAACAAAGCUCUCUUUCAUGCCGCCAAAGCUUAUGAACAAGCUGGCAUGAUGCUAAAGGAGAUGCAGAGGCUCCCUGAAGCUGUUCAGCUGAUAGAGAAAGCCAGCAUGAUGUACCUGGAGAAUGGGACACCGGAUACAGCUGCCAUUGCACUUGAACGGGCUGGGAAAUUAAUAGAAAACGUGAGCCCAGAGAAGGCUGUACAGCUGUAUCAGCAAGCAGCAUCAGUGUUUGAAAAUGAAGAACGUUUACGGCAAGCAUUAGAAAUGUUAGGGAAAGCAUCAAGACUUCUAGUCCGAGGACGCAGAUUGGAUGAGGCUGCGUUGUCCCUUCAAAAGGAAAAAAGCAUUUAUAAGGAAAUUGAAAAUUAUCCAACAUGCUAUAAGAAAACUAUUGCUCAAGUCUUAGUUCAUCUUCACAGAAAUGAUUAUGUUGCUGCAGAAAGGUGUGUGAGGGAAAGCUACAGUAUACCAGGAUUUAAUGGAAGUGAAGACUGUGCAGCAUUAGAGCAACUUCUGGAAGGGUAUGAUCAGCAAGAUCAGGAUCAAGUUUCUGAAGUUUGUAACUUGCCUCUCUUCAAAUACAUGGACAAUGAUUAUGCCAAGCUUGGUCUUACCUUGGUGGUCCCAGGAGGUGGAAUAAAGAAGAAAUCUCCAAAUGCUACGCAAGACAAAACAAGAGGACCAGCCACAGUGGGCUCUCAUGCUGAUGAGGAAGAGGAUGAAUAUUCUGGUGGACUGUGCUAGCUACAGACCUAUGUUAUGUUAAAUAUCUAACCUAUUUGUGAUGCUGAGCAUAUCCAAAGGUACCAGAUUUACCAGAGCUUCAUUGCAACUGUGAUAUGGGAAUGCUAAUGUUAACUGGGCAGCUUUUGGCUACAAAAAAAAGAGGAGAAAAAGCAUGAUUAUAACUAUCAUCUUGUAACAUCUUUGAAUUUCAUUUCUUAUAUAGUAGGAACAUCUUCAGUGCUCUGCCUUCCAUUGAUUGAGGGGAAAAAUGGAGGGAAAUUUUUAGUAAAAGCACAGUUUAAAAAGAAACCAAAAUUCUGAAGAGAAGCACAGGGUAAGGAGAACGACACAAAAUCUCAAAUACUGGAUUUCAAUAGCUGACACUUCUUUGUUACCAAUAAUGUUUGUGGGUUUUUUCCAAAGUUGAAUAUAAGGUUAUUUGUCUGGAUAUUCAUCUCCUGUUUAAUGCCAUUUAAGGAAUACUGGCAGAUGUAUUUUCCACUAGUAUAAUCAUUAAGAGGAGCAUUCAGUUAACAAAUAUUCCCCACAGUGGAAUAUGUAUUUUUAUUUCAGUAUCCUAACUUUAGCAAGUAAUGUCCAUGUGAUUGUAGAAAAUACUAAGCCAGUUAACAUGGAGCAGUUUCACAAGCUUGAAUAUAUAGAUGCACACACUUCACUUCAAGAAAAUAAUUGACCUAAGUUUUUCAAAAUACAUUUGUGCACGGUGUUUAUAAUGUACACAUUAGGAAUGGAUGGCACUGGCAACCUUUCUAGCACUGUUUCUGACAAAUGUAAUAAAAAAAAAAAAAACUGGAGGUAGCAGGUAAUGCUCAUUGAAUAUAAAGCUUUGGAGACAAUGUUUAGCAAAAAUUUAGGUGGAAUGUUUCAACAGUAUGAUCAAGCUUAGUGUUUCAGGUAUUCAUUUGCUAGUUAAUAAUCUCUUCUGCAAAUAUUUCCUUUUUUUCAGCUAGUUUGAGGAUUGCCAUUUGUAAAAAUCUGUUCUAUACUUUGAAAGUUCAAAAUAACCAUAUUUUAGAGCAUCUUCUCCAUUUUCAUUUGAUUACAAAUUGCUGUCUUCUGCAAACUUCUUUAUUGUCCACAUUCAUUUGACCACUUUAUGCUUAAAUGCUGACAACCCUGAAAGUUGCAUCUGCAGUCCUUAUUUUUUUUUCCUUUUCAGAAGAACCUUUUCAAGACUUGUGUUAAUUUGAUGUCCAAAGCUCAGUAAGCAAUAGACUGCAGUAUUAAGCGUUGGUACAGUUUGUGCCACAUUAAGGAAUUGGAUGUCUUCAAAAAUAUCAAGCAUUUCAGAUGUAAUUUUUAAACUGUUUGAGGGCUUUUUAAAGCUGCUUACCUUUGUUCUGUACUGUCUGACAGGUAAAUUUCCAUUGUUAUUAAGUAUAUAUAUAGAAAUUUUUGUAUGUCUAUAGAAUAUCUUAAAUGAGAUUUUAGAAAGUGAAUUACUUGUUUUUUUUUUUCCUCAGAAUGAUUAUUAGUAUACAAAAAAGGUGGUUUUGAAGACUUUCCCAUAACUCUUCUUUCUUCACCAUUGAGGAGACUGGAGUGAUGUGCUCCAGCUUCUGCUUUCUGGAUUUGUUCAGGAAGGGUCGCCAUGCACUUUUUAUGGGAAGUUUUUAUGAUGUAUUUUUUUUUUUAAAGCACAUUUAGAAGCACUGGGAACACUAAGUAACUUUCUUCAAGCUUUUCUUGCUGCUUCCAAUUCUGAAAUCAGUUUUGUUGAAUGGUCCCGAGGAGUCUACUUCUUUCUGUGUGCAGUUAUAUAUAUCUGAGAAGACAUACAAGCAGUUUUGUAUGCUGUGGAAGAACUUGCAGACUUUAUUUGCUGUAGUGCUUGCAACGCUAAUAGACCCUUGCAAAUAAAAUUUAUGAAUUAGCAUGCUUUUCAUGUUGGGGGGAAAAAAAAAAGCAAGACUAUUUUCCCCAAUCCCUCAGCUUUUUUCUUUUUAGCCUGUGCCAAGUGUGGAAAAUCUGGAACAAAAGUAGCUUGUAUUAAACCAGCUGCCGUUGAAAUUGAAGGGGCUUCUUUGGAUCUUAGGAGUCUUAAUCUUUGAUUGCAAUGUUGCUGCAAAGACCAAAUCUGCAGAAAUGAAAAUGUCUGAAAAUAAGAUGGUCUAUUUUAUAUAACUUACUCUCCUAUUUUAGGCAAUGAAAGUGUGAUAGGAAUGUUAUCUGCCUUUUAGUAAAUGUUUAACUGUAGGAGAUGCGGUCUGUAUAUUAUGUGUAAGUGUUUCUAUCUUUCAAAGCAAUUUGCACACUUCUGUAAAUACCAUUUAAGUGAUUUAAAGUGAAAAUAUAUCAUUUACAAUAAGGUUUCUAAAAAUAAUGUUGGUUGUGAGAAAAAUUAUAUUUGCAUGAAGACUGGGCAAUGAUCAGUGUAAUGUAUAUAAAAUCAGAUGCUUUCUAAAUUAUCUGUAACUUAUGACUCAAUAUACCCAAUUGCAGUGUGAAACCUGUGCUUCAUUUGUUCCUUUCCAAAAUCUGUGGUGUAUUAGAUUAUUGAAAGUGUUUGUAACAGUUCUACACAUGCUGCCUCUGAGAAGAGACUGUGUUUCAUCAACAUGAAAAAUAAAACUUGAAACUGGUA